UUGGCUCAGGUUCUUCUCCACUAUAACGAUUCGACUCAAAAGUCUCAGACUUUCCGCGAAAUCGAGAUAUAUAAAGUUGCAGACUUUUUUGAAAUGAAGUGAGAUUAGAUUAGCUUAAUAAUGAAUUGAGACUACCCUUGUUCCCAAAUCUCGAUUCAGUCGAUUUAAUUGAAGAAAUCGAAAAAAAAUGGCGUCUCCGUCGUCGUCGUCGUUCUGGAGCAUAGCUUCUCGACAAGCCAUGAACAGCGGUUUGUUUAUCACGAAACUCUACUGCUUCCUUCAUGUAACCACCAACUAUCUCGGAUUCAUGGCUUAUGCUUAUGGUCCGAGCAUGAUUCCGACGCUUCAUCCUUCAGGGAAUGUCUUAUUAGCUGAGCGAAUCUCUAAACGCUAUCAGAAACCGAGUCGUGGAGAUAUAGUUGUGAUACGGUCUCCAGAGAAUCCUAACAAGACUCCGAUCAAGAGAGUUAUUGGUAUUGAAGGUGAUUGUAUAAGCUUUGUGGUUGAUCCACUCAAGAGCGAAAAAUCUCAAACCAUUGUGGUUCCUAAAGGACAUGUCUUUGUUCAAGGUGACUAUACUCAUAACUCAAGAGACUCAAGAACCUUUGGUCCUGUACCAUACGGUCUUAUUCAAGGCAGANAGCAGACUUUAGCUCGGAAUCCUCUUGGCUGA